AUGGAGCCCAGCACAGUCAAGUACAACUUUGUGGAAGAGGUUGAGCGCUUGGAUUACUAUGUUCCCGGAGGUUACCAUCCUGUAGUGCUAGGAGAUCAACUCAGUGCGGGUCGAUAUGUUAUCGCACACAAGCUUGGAUUUGGCCGCUCUGCUACGACCUGGCUAGCAGAAGAUAGACGGCAAAAUCGACUAGUUGCCCUCAAAAUUUCGACCGCUGAAUCAGCUAAUCGAAUGCAUGAGGUGCAAAUACUUUCGCAGCUAGCAAAGGCCAAAUCAGAUCUUCCAGGGAAAGCGAUUGGCAUCGCUCAUGGGGACCUUCAUCUUGGAAAUAUUCUUCUUCGCUUGCCAUUUGACAUGCAGGACAUGACCCCCGAGAAGCUGUAUGCUAGCACGGGCAAGCCCGAAAAAGAGCAAGUUAUCCGCGAAGAUGGUGCUCCCCUUGAUCCUGGCGUUCCGUCAGAAUUGAUUGUCCCGGUUUGGCUUGGGCUUGGUAGUGAUGAGAUAUCCCUCGUGGACUCCGGAAUCAUGAUUGCAGAUUUUGGAGAAGCGUUCCACCCCCAAGUGACACGGCGGUUCGCAGCUCACACACCGCUCCUCCUCGCACCACCGGAAUCUCGCUUCGCUGGGCUUGGGGAACCAGACGAUCCACUUUCCUUUCCUGGAGAUAUAUGGACACUUGCGUGCACUAUCUGGGAUAUCUUCGGAGACAGGCCCCCUUUCGAAGCCUUCCCUGCCACAUUGGAUGAGGUUACAAUCGAGCAUGUGGAGAUGCUUGGUAGACUCCCUGAGAGAUGGUGGAGUAAGUGGGAGGAAAGAAGCAAUUGGUUCAAUGAGGAUGGGUGCAAGGAUGUGACAGAAAGUCUCCGUCAGUGGUAUAGCAGCAGCGCCAGGGAUUGGAAUCAACGGUUUACAGACUCUAUACAGGAUCCAAGGGAGAGGAAGAAAUUUGACACCUUCUCAGAGGAGGAAAGAGAUGCGUUUCAUAACAUGAUAAAGUCGAUGUUGGUUCUUGAACCAAGCGAGAGAGCGACAAUUGAGGAAGUGGUGGGUUGUAAGUGGAUGCAGAGAUGGGGCCUGCCAGAGGUACAGAAAAUGCAGCAUGCGGUAUUGAAGAGCUCUUGA